AUGCCGCGGAACUACCGUCUGCCGAUGUACAACCGGCAGAGCCCGGCGAUCCGGUGCCUCAACUUCCUGUGCGCGGUGCUGCUCACGCUCGUCCUCGUCGCCGGCGUCAUCCUCUUCGUGCUCUGGCUCAGCCUCCGCCCGCACCGCCCCAAGUUCUCCCUCGUCGACUUCUCCAUCCCCAACCUCAACCGCCAGUCGGGCGCCGUCAACCUUCCGGUGAAGUUCACCGUCAACGAGCACAACCCCAACCAGAAGAUCGGCAUCCACUUCGACAAGGUCGACGGCUCUGUCUACUACGGCGACGAGCUCAUCGCGUCGGGCCCCGCCGUGAGCCCGUUCUACCAGCAGCCCAAGAGCGACACGCCGUUGCAGGGGGAGCUCUCCGCGUCCGGGCCGACGCCCACAGACCCGGCGUGGCCGCGGUUCGCCGCAGAGGUCGGGGCCGGGAGCGUCGGCCUGCGCCUGGUGCUAACCUCAACGGUUCAGUUCCAGGUGAAGCUGUGGGACACGAGGGAGCACCACAUGAAGGUGGACUGCGAGUUCAGGGUCGGCGGGGACGGCAGUCUCCUGCAGGAGUACAAGAAUACGCCCUGCAAGCUCUACUUCUAGUGGACCAUUCAAGCAUCCUCUCCUAUUUUCCCCCUCCCAUUUAUUUCUCUUGGUUCUUGGAUGAAUUGCUUUUAGUCUAUU